AGCACAAACAGCGACUGGAGGAAAAGCAUCCUAUAUUCCCAGUUAUACAGGAAAGCUACAAACACAGAGGGGAAAAAGAUAAUGUGGAUACCGGCAACUUUGAUAUCAGUGCUGGCCUGUCUUCUGAUCGUGCACUUCCUGAAACAACUCUGGUCACACAAGAACUAUCCUCCAGGGCCUCUUCGGCUUCCUCUCAUUGGAAGCAUUUGGCGGAUAAUACCAAACUUUUCUCAGGAUACUUUCAUUAAGCUGGCAGAGGCGUAUGGAAACAUUUACACCAUAUGGGCGGGGCCUCUGUCUGUGGUGGUAUUUUCUGGAUUUGAAGCACUCAAAGAAAGUAUGGUCAAACAUUCAGAAUAUUUUGUGGACCGACCAAUGACUCCUUUUUACAAAGAUUUAGGAAAAGAAAAGGGUAUUGUACUUUCAAACGGUCACACCUGGAAGCAACAGAGGAAGUUUGCGAUACUUAUCCUGCGGAAGAUGGGACUGGGGAAGAAAGGCAUAGAGCACAAAAUAGAAGAGGAGGCCCAUCAGCUUGUCGAGGUUCUUGCAUGUGCAAAGGGGCAGCCUCUUGACCCUAUACAACCCAUCACUAAUUCCGUCACCAAUGUGAUCUGUUCUCUGAGUUUCGGUCAACGAUUUUCUCUUGAAGACGAAGAGUUCAUCAAGUUGAGAGAUGCCUUAUGGAAUAUCUUAGAAUUUACAAUGACCUUCUUUCAGUUGCUGUAUGACACUCUCCCCUGGCUCAUGAAACAUCUCCCAGGGCCUCACAAGAAGGUGUUUGCCUCCCGUGAUUUUAUACUCUCUGUUGCAAGGAAGGAGAUAGAAAAGCAUAAGACACAUCAGGCACAGGAGCCACAGGAUUUAAUUGAUUACUACUUACUUCAGAUCGAGAAACAGAGCAAGAAAGAUCCCAACUCUACCUACGAUGAAGAGAACCUGUCCCAGUGCAUUUUUGACUUAUUUUCUGCAGGAACAGAAACAGUCACCAACACACUUCUCUGGGCACUAGUCCUCAUGGCGAAUCAUCCAGAUAUCCAAGAAAAAGUCCAGAAGGAGAUAGAUGAUGUUUUGGGAUCCUCUCAGUCAUUCUCCUAUCAAGACUGGAAGAAACUGCCGUAUACCAGUGCUGUGAUUCAUGAGAUCCAGCGUUUCAAAUAUGGCUUAUUGUUUGGGGUCCCCCGCCAAUGUACAAAGGAUGUGAACAUUAUGGGGUUUCUCAUCCCUAAGGGAGCAAUAGUUAUUCCAGAUUACCGCUCUGUUCUUUUUGAACCGAAGCACUGGGAAACUCCUCAAGAGUUCAAUCCAAAUAAUUUUUUGGACAAGGAGGGCAAGUUUGUGGAGAAAGAAGAAUUCCUUCCAUUUGGAGAAGGGGCGCGCGCAUGUCCUGGGGAGCAACAGGGAAAGAUCGAGGUCUUCAUCUUCUUCAUCAGCCUACUGAGGUCAUUCACCUUUAAGCCGCCACAAGGAGUGAAAAAAAUCAAUGAAGACCCUGUAGUACGAAUCGUCACCCCUCCCCAUCCUUAUAAGAUCUGUGCUGUUCCCCGCAGCAGUUGAUCAUGAGCCACAAACAUAUUUAGAGAAGCUUAUUUAUGACUAUCCAUUUCAUCUUAUUACAUUGAAAGUUCAUCUAACAUUCUGUUUCAGGUAGGUAGCCGUGUUGGUCUGCAGCAGAACAGCUGGAUUUUGAUCAAGUGGUAUCUUACAGACCAACACUAUUUAGAAGCUUUUGAGAGUCAGAACUCCGUUCUUCAGAUACCUGGUACCCUGGCAUUCUGCUGAUCCUUCGUGAAGCCAAAUCAUGCUGUUCUUUAGUUUCUUCAUUUGAUGAGAGCUAUUCAGAGAAGAAAUUCAGACAGAUCUAUGCUGUUGUUCAUUGUUUGCUUAUCAUCACCCAAUAUAUUGUCAGGGCCAUGACCCCUGCCAUACUCUGGGGAUUGGGGGUUCACUGUCAGGCUAUAGAUCUCUAGACCUGAUCUUUCAUGACAUGCUUCGAGAGUGCUCUUAGACCUGUGUGUUAAACCUGCUUGAGAAAUGACUGAGUGAGAACCGCAUGCUGUGGGAAGGUAUGAAGGAAUGUGGUUUUCAGCGUUGCCAGGGAGACGCAGCCAGUUGGCUUGAGAAGGAUGGGAUUCUAGUCAAACCAAAUCUACUUUUCCUAUUUUACUUUCUGUUGGUGCAUAGAUGGGAACUUAGCUAAGGGGAGGAGGUUAGCGUAGAGUGGGUUGUGCUUGAAGGGUUUAAUAUGCUUAGUAGGGGGGAGGGAAAAGUUAUUCCUGACAAGAAAUGUCUGCAGUGUUGUACUAUCAGAUUCUCAAUAAAGCUUUAACUCAUGUAUCCAUGGACUCAUGCAGUGAAGUUACUGAUGAUCUAAGUUGUCAGUCUCUGACAUAUAUGCAAUACAGUUUGCUGAUUCUGCCAAAAAACUCCAUACAGAAUGCUUGCCAUGUACAAAACUAAAAGUUGCUUAUUGUAUCUAUGCACCUUUCACUGAAUAAAGUCUUUGAUUACCUUCAUCA